UAAAAACAUAAAGGACGCGAAAUUUUAUUUUUGUGUUUUAUACAUUGUGAAUAUUGAUUUGAUGAUAUUUUCUCUUCACCUAUCAAUGUAUUAAGCAAACAUCAAUACCGUUAACGCUAACAUAAGAUGAAUUCAUCAAUAUCUACCGAUUUACCACGGCAGCACUUGGCAUUGUUAGCUGCGAAUUGUUUGAAAGACAUUGCAGAAAAUACAAAAAACUUAAGUGCACAUCAAAAGGAGUUAUUGGAACUAAACCUAUCAAUAACAACGUAUAUUGAAGAAAGUAAGAUUCGUUUGAAAGCUCUUCGUUUAGAAUUGGCCAACCAAGCUAAUAGUUCUAUAAAAGUCGCGGAGAUACUGUCGAGGAGAGACUAAAUAUGUCGCAGUCACAGACAACUCCACAAAAUCAAAGUAAAACCAGGCGAUUAUCCACAAAAAUAAUAAAAGAGGAUAACAAUAACACAAACUCUAAACAUUCUAAAAGACAAAAUGCAAGAACAUUUGUAGCAUGGUACAAACAAAUGAUAGAUGACGAUCGGCAGAACCUAGUGUUGUAUUUAUCUGAUGAUGCAACAUUGGAAUGGUUUGGUCGGACAAUAAAAAGUAGAAAAAAAGUUACCGCAUUCCUUCGAUAUGAUAUGCAAUGCUCGAGACAUGAUUUCCGAAGUGUUGAUUGUAUAGAUCAUAUACCACGGAGACAUGAACCAAUAUUGAGAAGGAAUGAAACAGUUUUAGCAACUCCAUUAGAAAACUCCCCAGAAAUUUGUAAGUCGGGACCAGAGAGAGGUAAAAAGCGCUUAUUACCCUCCAACUCUAAUAGUCCGGAAUGGGCUGAAAACUGUGGACCAGACAGUGAUGUUAAACCCACUGAAAGGAAACGACAAAAGAAAAAUAUACAAUUAAAUAACGAAGGUCAAUUAAAUGUUAAAUUAAGUACAGAAAAGGAUUCGCAAGAAUGUUUAAGUAAUAAGGGUGAUUUUGCAUUUAUUAAGCGAGUGGUGAAACGGAAAUGUUGUAUGGUAACACCUCCAAAUUUAGAAGUAGGGCAAGGUGAUUGCCUUCCUUCUACAAGUGGUACAGAUUCAGAUAGAUCACAUGAUACAUUGAAUGCCCAAUUGCCGAGGCUAGCGGUAGAAUGUGAUGGUUAUAUAGAGUUUAAUAGGACAAGAAAUCAUAGCAUUGAUUCUGUAAAAUGGGAACGAAAAUGUAAAGUUCAAAUAUCAUAUUCCGAAGAUCCUUUAAAUGUAGGUGAGUAUAUAAUUUGGAAUAUUCGGUAUAAUGAUGAAACUAAAUGCAGACGUAAUCUCUUGUCUGCGUUUGAGGAAAUUGCUAAGGAGGAAGAAUUAAAAAAGAUAGAUUUAUGAAUUAUGGUUAAAUGUUUAGUAAAUGUUCUAUUUUAUUGAGGAUUUAAUUAUCCCUAUUUUUGUAACUUCUAGAAAUGGACAGUAAUUUACACAGCAAAGAUAUGUAAAGGCCAAUGUAAUACUUCAAAGUUUCCAUAUUUUUUCUGAUAUAAACUGUACUACAUUCUAUGUUUUUCGAUCAGACAACUGAUCAAUUGGGCAAAUGAAAAUUCUUUACCUAUAUGGUCAGUUGUAGCCAUAGAUUUAAUAAUUCUAACAACCCAACUAUUCUAGAUGAUUUUCAUAUACACAUUGCCUCAUGUUUAGUUAAUUAUACAAAUGUUAAAAUAUUUCAGUACUUAUCAUGAAAUAUAUGUAAUUUGAUUUAAAUAUUUUUAUAGGACAAUUUAAAACAUGUUUUACACGAAGCAUUUACGAUAUAUUGAUAACAAUAGAUAAAGGACCCAGUGGACCAAAUAAUAUAAGUUAAAAUUAUUGCGUCCAAAGUUAAAAUAAAUCCAGUGAAAAUUACUUGUCUAUGGAUUUAUAUGACAGUACUAUCCAUAGACAUUGUCUGUGGUACCAAUGUUUAUUAAUUUGAUAAAGGUUGUUUCCAUUUUCCAGAAAAUUAAGUGUUACUAUGUGAUACCUACUUUAAUAAGUAUAAAAUUAGAUUGUAUUUUUGAUAUAUUUGUAGAUUUUAUUGUUAUGACGAAAUACCUUUUAGGUCUUAUGAAAUUUAUAGUUAAACUAUAUAUGUUUAUGUAAGUGUUGCCACUGUAAAUGCUUGUUCAAAAUAUAUUGACUUCCUGCAUUUUUUGAAAGAAAAAAAAAAACAAUGUCAGUUUAAAUGCAUGUUGAUAGGUUUAUGAACAAAUUAAGUUGAACAUUUUACAGUAAGGGACAUUGUCAUGGUCAUAGCUAAAAAUUUAUACAAUUCUUGUAAUUUUUAGGCAAUGAAAUAACAUUUAUGAAAUGGAACAUUUCUGAUACUAUUGUUUAAAAUAAGUUUAUUUAAAAAUAAUAUGCGUGGGUCAGCAAUUACUAGUUUAUUUAACUGCCAAAUACUGAAACUGAAUUCUUUGUGACGUUGUCUUGAUAAGGCCACACUUAAACUCCAAAUUCUGCUAAAACUUUGAUGUAUGUCAAAUCGUAAGUGAGAAAGUGAAGUGCUUAAGAUUAGUUUCAGUAUUUGGCAGUAUGAUCAAGUUGUGGUUAACAAUAUUAAUUUAUACAAACUAUUUACAACUACAUAAAGGUAUGAUGUCCCAUUUUAUUAUUUUGUUUAACUAUUUUUGUAUUUAUAUUUAUACAUUCCCAUAUUAAUAGUGUUUAAAAUGUUAUUUCUCAUGUCCUUUUAUUUACAUUGUCACAAAAAACAAACACAUCUUAAAGUAUCGAAAAUGUAACAUAUCAAUCUCAGGAAAAAUACCAAACCACCGAUGCAUGAUUUCUUUACUUUUAUCCUAAGCUAAUUUUAGAUGUGUAUUGUAGAUUGGAAUAGUAUAAUGUAUAGAUCACCUUUUAACACUUUCAAUGCCACAUAUUCGCGGACAUUAGUUACGUAAAUAUUUUAGUGGCAUUGAGAGUGUUAGGUUGUAUUUUUAUAUUCCGACACUCGGUAACUUAUUAGCUGGUCUACUAUCGAGCAUUGUGACGUUGAACAUAUUUAAAUAUUCACUUUUCUGCUAACAUUUCAAGUUACUUUUACAACAAAGGUGAUUUUGAUUUUUUUAAUGUCUCAAGGUUUGUUUACACAUUGAUUGUGUAAUAAUUUUUAUUUAGAAACUGUAAGACUUUGAUUUCUCGAUUACUGAAAUGUAAUUAAAUUUGUUUAAGAUUAUAAGCCACUAUUCGCACUGGCGCUUUUAUAACGCGCGAUAAAAAAAAAUUGAAAUAGAAUAAAGCACUGCCUUCUGAAAAUUACCAUGAAUUUGCGUAUGGCAGCGCUUUUAAAACGCGAUGCUUUUUUAUAGCAACGCUACAUUUUAGCGCUAGUAUUUCAGAAGUUUCGUAUAAGUGCGAUAAAAAUGCGCAAGUGCGAAUGAGCUUAAGUUAAGUAUUUUAAGUUUAUUAUGUUAUGGAUAUUACUUAUGAAGUAAUGGAGUUGAAGUGGUUUUUUGUUCGAAUAUGCUAGAGAUGAUUAAGCUGAAUAAAUAUUUUUAGACAUUA